ACGGCUCUCGAACCGUUCGGACGUGUCGCUCUCGGUGCGCGUGUGUGUGAGUGGCGAAUAUAAAUAUCGGGGAAAAAGCUCGCACGUGCGACGCUUGCGAAAAAAAAAAUUGGAAAUAUAUGUAUAUAUAUAUUGCGAAGAGAGGGGCCCAGCCAGGCUGAAUGCAAAUAAAUAUUCAAUAACGAGUGCAAAAAUAAUUUGCAAGCGCAAAAAAGAUUUAUAAAUAGUGCAACAACAACUGCGGCAGCAACAGCAACGAUAAUAGCAACAACAACAGCGACACAAUAAAAGAAUUUGUCAGGCGGCGUUUGUUUUUGUUCACCCUCUCUCUUUCUCUCUCGCCCAUCGUCUGUGUCGUGCUUUCCGCUCCGUCUCUGUCUGCCGGCCUUCGUCGCGUGUGUGCGUGUGUCCCCGUGUGCGUGCGUGCUUGUGUGUGUGUGUGUGCGUCCGUCGUCUGUGUAGCGCAAAGAUAAAAAAGUUCAGAAAUUGAGAUAUACGAAAUGAAAUACAAAAAUUCAACUUAAGAAAUUGCGCCGAAGGGGAAUUAAUUUAUGGCGAAAAUUUAAUAAGUGCAGGGCAGAGGAAUUGGAAUAGUAGGAAAAGUGCGCACAAGUUUUACACGGCCGACAAAAGCCGGCCCGAUUAUAUAUAUUUCCUUCUAAAAAUACGACUGAAAUAAUAUCGAAAUAUUCGAAACACGCGACAAAAUUGUGAAAGUACGAGAAAUUGGAAUCCUGUGUGGCGGUGCGAGUGUGCGAGCUGAUUUUGCCGUCGGCAAAAUGCAAAUGCAACAAAAUUAGUUAAACUAGCUGACAAAACCAAACAGAAACCAAUCAACGAAUGUGCCAAAUUGUUAAGUGAAGUGCAAGUAAACAAAUCGAAACUUUAAAGUAAUCAAUAUUAUGGAUCCCAAUCGUCGUAAUCCUAUCACUAAAUAAAGAGUUGUAAAGAAUAUAGAUAAACAGCGCAAUUUUUGUUAAAAGUCGAAAAGGGUCACAAUCGGGAAUAUGGUGAAAAUGGAUUACUAGUAGUAUCCACAUCUGGUUAUUUGAAGUAUUGCCCAAAAAUGACCGAAUACGUGACGCCCAUGAUUAGCACCGUCUUGAAGAAAUACCAGACGAGUGCCACCAAAUCGCUCCAGGGACCAGGACACGCCCUCACCACCGCCGGUGUCCUCGACAUAGUCACCAAUGGCAGGAGCGAGAGUCCUGGCCUCAAUGGCAAGUGCCAAGCAUCUCCGCCAGUUGUUGCGCUGAUCAAAAAGGAAAUACUCAGUUCGCCGGAGCCGCAGGAUCUGCAUCAUCACGAAUGCUCGACGAGGGGCACGCCGCCACAGAUAUAUUCGCCAGCCACGCCCCCCCGUGAACUAUCUCAGCCGAUUUUAUCGGUAGCGGAUGCGGGAUGCGGGGAGUUGUACGAGACGAAACUGGAGGGCAAGACCAUUGGAUGCUUCUCCGUGGGCGGCGAGAUGAGACUGUGCCUGCCACAGUUCCUCAACAACGUUCUCAACGACUUCUCGCUGGAGCAGAUCAACAGGAUCUUCGAUGAGCUGGGCAUCUACUGCUCGCAGUGCACGCACGAUCAGCUGGUGGAGUUCAAGGCCGCCAAGAUCCUGCCAUCCGAUGUCAAGGCCAGUGGCCUGAUCACCCGUACCGAUGCGGAGCGACUCUGUGCCGCCCUGCUCCAUCGCUCCGACCGGAAUAGCUAUGUGCCCAUCGAGAGUUUGGCCAAGGGUGCACUCAGCUUCCACGUGUAUCACAAGUGCUUUGGCAAAUGCGAGGGCAUCUGCACGCCGGACAUGUACUCCUACCAGAAACCGACCUGCAUCAAGUGCCUGGAGUGCGACGGCUGGUUCUCGCCACAGAAAUUCGUGGGUCAUGUGCAUCGCAAGUUCGAGAAUCACACCUGCCACUGGGGCUUCGAUUCGCGCAACUGGCACGACUAUCUUCAUGUGGCGCUCGAUGUGGAAAAUCGCGAGAAGUACCAGAUCAUCCUCGAUCAAUUGAAGGAGGUGGAGCUCAAGGAGAUGCACAAGGCGCAGCGCGAAUUGGAGCACAAGAAAAGAAAGGCGGAAAUGCUCAUGGAUGAUGGUCUGCUUGGCUCGGGUCCUGUUCUCGGAUUGGCGGGACAUCCACAUGGAUUGGUGGGCGCCUUGGCUCCGCCACCGCCACCGCCAAUGAAGCAGCCGCAGAUGGACAUUCCCAGUGGCAAGAAGCAGCUGCAGCAGCUGAAGGGGGCGACGGUGGCCGCUUCCGCGCUGGAGUAUCAGUACCAGGUCAUGUAUGCGCACUGUGUGCAGAAGGAGCGGGAGAGGGAGCGAGAGCACCUGCCCCACUCGCAUCCCCUGCCCCGCCAGCAUCGAGCCGUUUUGGUGGCCACCGCACCCUAUCCACAUUUGCCGCAAUAUCCGACACCACCCACGCUGAACUCCUCGUCGGCCUUCCGGCCUUGGGGGCCUGAUACCACCAAAGCUUUUCUGCACGCCUAUGGCGCCACGUUGUCAUCACUACCCUAUGCCUGCCAGGAACCACCAGAGCUACAGAAUCCGGAGCGGGUGGUGCGGAGUACGGACAAGCGGUAUGCGGAGAGGACUUACCAACCCAAUGUGGCCUUGGCACCCAGAAAGAGUAUUCUCUCCAAGGAGAGGGACAAGGAUAGGGAGCGAAUGGAAAGGGAGGUGAUGGAACGCCAGAGGUUGAGGGAGAAGGAGACGGAUCACCAGGUGGUGCACAUCAAGCAAGAGCGAUCGCAGACACCCACACCACCCACAGCAUCGCCGCCCGAGGGUGUGGCAGCACCACUGGAUAUCGUCGAACCGCCACACCCCUCCUCGAGUGGCAGCAACUCACCACUACCCGCCCACCUGCCCGCAGCACCAGCCACUGCACCACCCAAUGCAGGUGGUGCACCGCCCACACCAACUAACCUUCGGAACAUGCGCAGCCCCGAGGAGUUUUCAGCGGGUGGCAGCAAUGAGAUUACCUCCUCCACCUCACCCCACCACCAGCAGUCGUCGCACCACCAGGUGGUGCAGCCAACGGCAGGUGCUCCACCACCGUCGCAGCACAUUAUAGCCACCGUUAAUCAGCAUGCCAAACUUUUGCCCAGCUCCAGUUCCCUGCCAAACGGUAAUGGCAGCUCAUCGUUAGCCGCCACAAACAACGAACCGAGUCGGAUAAGGAUCAACAAGAACCUGAUGAGUCAACAGCCGGUGGUCGCGGUGAGCGGCAUGACCCCACAUCACCACCAGCAUCACCCCACGCACAUGCAUCACUUUAGCCAUGGGUACUACAAAAGCCAGGCCUCAUCACCCACUCAAUCCUCCAGUGCUGGUCUGAACCUGAGUACCCACUCAUCGAACGUGGUCAGCUCGCCGCAUCAUGCGACUCAGCCCAAGACCCAUCACAGCUCGGGAGGAUCUGGGAACCAUGGCUUGCAAAAUGGUAAGCCCCAUUUGGGCAGUGAAUUCGAGUUAUCCACGGACACGGAUGAUACGGAUAGUCUGAACGGAGAGCCCGACUCGAGUGCCAUGUUACCACCCUGGGAGCAGGCUGUGGAGUCCCUCAGGGAAACUCGGCCCAAGGACCGGGAGAGAGUCCUCCUGAUACUCCAGAGACUACUGCAGGAGAACGAUCAAUAUCGCUAUAACAACAUUCAAUUGAGUGAACUGCUCCACAAACAGGAUGCCCACAUAGCCGAUCUUACGGAGCAACUCCAACGCUAUCGCAGACAAUUCGAAGAGCAGGUCUGUAAAGUAGAUCUUCGGAAGAUGCCAUUCAAGCACCAAACCCGACUGGAAAACGUGGUCGAAGAGGGUCGAGGAGAGGCAGAAGAGGACGAGGAACUGGAGGAAGAGGAAAUGGAGGAUAGGGCUAAUAACAAUAAUCAACAGGAGUUAUCUCCCCUCAUAAAGGCUCCAACCAAUGGUCUGCGGCGGAGUGUGACGCCCACAAAUUGUUCUGGAAGUGAAGGGGGGGAUUGCGAGAAGCCAGAUGAACCUGAAUGCAAAAGAAUAAAGCUGCAGGUUGGCGAGAAAACUGAGGACAAUCAGGUAGAGAAUGAGGAAAGUCCUUCCAAUGGCACGGAGUCGCAUGAUCUGGAUAAACUUGAGAAAAAUGCCGAUAAAGCAGACCCAACUAAUAAUCCCAAAAGUCCCCAGCCCAGUCAAAUUUCCAGCGACGAGGAAAUGGAGGAGGAUGAAGACGAAGACGAGGAGGAUGAGGACGAAGAGGUUCAAGUGGAGGCUCCCCACAGUAGUGCUCUAGCCACGCCCCCCACGGCCACAACGCCCCUCUCGCCGGACUCGGCGGCAACUGCCGGACAGUUGUUCGAUAGUAGUAAUAGCAGCGACGAGUCCUCGAUGAAGAAGGCCCAGAUGUCUGCCUGCCAUGCACUGGAAAAAAUGAGUAGCAAUGUAGGCAGCGACGAGACCAAUCAGAGGAUCGCCGAGGAAAGUCAGGAGGAGGAGGCGGAGGAGGAUCCGGAAGAGGAGGACUCCGAUGACGACGAAAUGCCAUUGCAGCAGCGACAGCAGCAGCAGCGCCAGCGGGUGGCACCCCAGAGUGUGCUCAGUGGAUCAUCCGUCGCUGGACACCAUCCAGCGCCACCACAUCCCCCGAUGGCCACCAAGGCUAGCAAGAAGCAGACACCACCAGCACCACCCACUGCAGCCGCAACCACCACUGCAUCAGCAACAACGAACUGCGAGUUACAAAUCAAAAAGGAAAUAGCCUAGAGUUAGAAGCCCCGAAAACCUCUCAAAGAAAAGCUCUUUCACACACACAGAACAGAACAGUUAGAACUUAGUUAAAAUCCCAUUUCUUUUGUAGGAGAAAGUGCAGCCGAUAUUCAAGCACAAAGCCUGAACGCACAUAUUUUUCAUUGUAGGGGUAUUUUAGUGAAAGUAGAAUGCUUCACAGCCAGAAAGGAAUGAAAUCUAGGUGGCAAAAGUUGCUUUUAAAUUGUUCAAUUAUUAGUUCAAUGUAAAGGAGCGGCACUGUAAACUUCAAAGCAUAUGUAUAUUAAUAAUUUGCUUAUUUAAAUAUGGGCAUUCAAAGCAAACUGUUUUAAAAGCUAAAUAUCAAUUGACAAUUUUUUUUAUUAAAUUAUUUUUAUAAGAUUCAUAAGCCUCCUCAUAUAUUCCGUGAGUCUUAAUGCUUUUGUGAAAAACAAUUUAGAAGCCUAUUAUAUACAAAUUUAAAUUUGUGAAAUCGACAUCAAUACCCAGGGAAUUUUAAAACUUUCUUUGGAAAACAUUUUACCCUUAUGCAAAAUCUAUUCAAAAUUUUAAGAAACAUUUCAAAACGCUUUUAAACAGCUUGAAUUGAUCUCACUUUUAAAAACAAAAAGGACAAAUACUAAUUUAUAUAGGCUUCUCCAUUUCAAAAAAAACUUUAAACGUUGCUUGCAGAAAUUAUAAAUGAAACCAAAGCUUUAAAAAAAAUUAAAUUUUUGUAUAUUAUUCAACGACAAAUUUGUGCGUGUUUUUUACUACUUACUGCUUAACCUAAUUAAGUUAUUAUUUUUAUCUCGUAAGCUCUGCAAGACAUUUAAACCCAAAACAAUAUUCAAAGCGAGGCUUUCGAAACAAAAUUUAGGAAAGGUUUUUCUUUGGUCACACAGGCAGCUGGUUCUUAUGACAGUGGGCAUCGCCCUCUGGAAACCAAUGUAAUUACAUUAAGUUUAAUCCUACUUUUAAGUUAAACAAACAAGUUGAUGGAGCAAAGAGAGAGAAAACACACAAAAUGAACCCACCACAGACAACAAGAAAAAAACAAAUGAUAAACAAUUCUAAGAUAAUUCAUCAUAAUGAAAGUAUAAUACAUUUUUACAAAUAAGAAGUUACCGCGUUAAAAUUAUACCAUACAAAAGUGAGUAAUAUAUUAUAUAUAUCGCAGAAUAUGAUAUAUGAUGAGCAGCAAGUGCGGAUUAUUCAUUAAUGCUAAGCCUUAGCGAGAAGCAUAAACAUAUACAUAAAGAUUAAUAUUUAUUGUAGCCGCUAGAUCUAACUCGAGCAAUUCUCUUAAUUGUAUAAUUAUAGUCUUCUGUUCUUCUUCCCUUUGUAAGCUUUGCUCUGUAGGCAUUUAGUUUCAUAGAUCGUAACCAUACAACAAUCACGUUUGCUAGCUAGUUCUUAAGACUUCUCCUCGGCGAAGUUCUUUCCCUAUUGUGAAUGGCAUCGAAUGGUCCCUUUUUUGUAUAUAUCAUUUUUCUUCGACGAGAUUAGAGUACUAUUGAUUUUAGUUGCCAACACUUUGUGAAAAACAUGUAUAUGCUAUAUAACUUCUGGAUGAUAACCAACUGGAAAUAAACCCAAGCCAAGAGCCAAGCGAAAAGAACGCAGAGAUUUCUAAAAUCUAUAAACUUUUGUUAUAAAAACAUAUUUCAUAAACUAUUUAUGCCUGUGUGUGUUUGUACUUUCUAAAAGAAAACAUUUCGUUCUGUAUUUAAGAAUACAUUUUCUAAGCUAAAACAAAAAAAAAAAA